AUGGACUUGCCUUCGGUCGGGGACGAAAAGAUGGCUCAAUCACCCGAAAGCACAAGCGGCACAAGCGCUCUGGUGCCCAACGACAGGUUCCGCCUUUUCCUACAGCGAAUGGAAAUCGCAGAAACCAAGUUCUUCUUCGCCGACCUCCCCCCACGACUCACGUCCCUAAUCACUCUGCAAAACAGUCAUCCGCUCCAAGACCUCUCCCACAUCGGCGAGGUUACCUUCCUGGCAGCCGGCCUCAAAGCCGCCGUUCUGAUAUCCUUCCCGGCUCUGGGAUAUACGGGCAACGAGGAGUUGGAGUGGCACGUGCGAAGUUGCAUAGCGCGAUACGUCAGUUGGGUGGUGAUGCCUGCGUUAUCUGAGCAUAAGGGGUCGGAUGCGGACCCGAAGUAUAAGUUGCUUGAAUGUUCCCGGCAUCUGCGAAGUCCGCAUACGGUGGAGUUGCAGGGAGCUUUCUUCGUGAUCAACCUACGGCAUCCGAAAGCUGCGGAGGUGUGCCGUCUGUUGGAGCAUGGGAAUCGGACUCGCCCACUGACGGAGCAAAACUUGGCGUUUAUUCUCGACUAUCCCGUUUCACUGCCGGAAUCCGACCCUAGGCCCGUUCCACUGGCUAUAGGGGAGGAAGGUGAAAGCACUGCUUGGGACGGGCAAGUCAUUCGCGAGGUGGCGUAUGUGGAGACGACGCAUGGGAAACCUUGGACGACGUAUGCAGCGGUGCCAGCCCUGCACGGCCCUCUUAUUGUGGAGCAUUUUCGACGAUAUCAGAAGGUCAUGGCGGAGGCAGGAGUGUCAUUGGGCAUGGUCACGCAUUGA